GUCGUAGUUCCCGACGGAACACUUAUCACUGUUGUAAGCCUUCUCAAGCCACGACGCGGGCGUUGUACACGGAAGAGGAAGGCCGGCGUACCGUCAGCUCAUAAUCAAUAAGUAUAAUGGAUAGGUCAAGCCGCAGCGCAUCCUUCCUUGGCGACCUCCAGCACGGCCCUAUGAGCUUAACACCUUUCGAAGACCGGUCCCGGGCCAUUCCGGACACGCAGAAUGGAGCCCUCCUCGAACAAGCCAAUGGGGCCAUGCGAAAUCUUGUCCAACUAGCGUCCGCCCCGACAGACUACUGGAAGACAAUCUACUCCGACAAGACCGGGGCCACUGUUUCUUUGUCACCAAAGCAGAAAAAUCAUAUUCGGGUAUUCAAAGGAGAGACGAUGAUCCACGGUUUUUCUCCCGAGGCGAUUUUCGCUUUGAUCAGAAAUCGACGCUUGUGGGAUGAUUGGUAUCUGGACGGAAACACUGUGGAAGAGCUUAACGACAACACGUCCUUAACUUAUAUGGUCAUGAAACCUCAAACUGCUCUAUCGACUGUCGCGUCCACUCGCGAUCUUGCUUUGGUUGAUCAGCGGACCCUUGAUCCCGAAACUGGGGGGAUCUAUUACGCUAGCACAUCCGUGGAGACUCCAAAGAUACCCCCGAAAAAGAGCUACGUGCGCGUCGGCCUCAAACUCAAUGCGUGGACUUUAGAGCCCAAGAUGGCCUCUCACGGCUCUGUCAGCACACGGGUGGUAUACUAUCUACAAAGCGAUGUCGGUGGUUUAAUUCCCGGUGGGCUGGUUAAGAAAUACCUGACCAAGCGCGCGAUGGUAGUCGCAGGAAUCGAGCAGUACCUCAGGAAGCACGGUGUACCGGAAAUGAGCGCCAGUGACGCCGACGCGUUCAGGAAGCUGGCUCGAUCAUAUUCCGUCAACAGCUCGAUGCGCCCAAACUCGUUUGGGGAGCCCUAUGCCUCAGCGCAACCUGGACUAGAACACGCUCGUUACAUACCCCAAACUGACAUGUCUUUGCAGAGGAACGUGCAUCAGGCUCCGUUUUAUAACAUGCCGCAGGAACGUGUGGGCUCGAGGUACUCGCAGCAUCUAGGCGCGGGUGUUGGCGCAUAUAUCGCCUCCCGUACUUCGCUGGACGGCGAUUUUCAUGAUGAAUCUGAUACGGAGACAAUCGCUGAGAGCACUUUGAAUGACGAGGCGCGGGCCGUUGAAGCUCCGCGAUCGAUUACGCCGGAGAUCCAAGAAGAUGAUUAUUCCAAGACGACUAACCCUCAUCACGCGGCAGCCGAAAACGCUUUGCAACGGUCAAUGGAACUGGAAGCCGACGAUGCCGGGUUCGUUCUCCACUCGAUCAACAACGGAGUGCGCAUUUCCCAGAAAACGGUACCCGGAAAAACGAUGCCUAUUGUUCGUGGUGACGCUCAAUUGGAGGGGGCUUACACCACCCAAGAAGUUUUGAGCGUCUUAAAAAGCGCCGCGGCAAGGAAGAGUUGGGAUGCCCGUUUUGAAGACGGCAAACCACUUGCCCUCUAUAAUCUCGAGGAGAUCCUCACUUAUAGUCAGCAGAAGGGUACUUUCCCUGUGUCAGGUCGAGAUUUUGUCACAACCAACUUGAUACGCUUCGUCGGAGACACCAUUUACUAUGUUGCCACGAGCGUCGUCGAGCCUACGGCUCCUACCAAUUCGAAAUUGGUCAGAGCAGAGUUGCAAAACGCGACGUGGAUCUUGAGGAGCACCCCCAAUGGGGUGCAGGUGCACUACAUUGUUGACGUGGACAUCAAAGGCUCUGUUCCAUCAUCUAUUGUGAAGGCCGUCUCGGUCCAAACACCCCUGUGCAUUUUGGAAGUGAAGAAAUACCUUGACGCCAAUGGGCCGAUACCAUUCAUUCCACGUAAGGUGGCCGGUGUUGAUCCUGGUCGGCACCUCCAAAUCCGCCAGGAAAGCUAUGACCCGAAGACGAGGUCCUACCACCUGGAGUACAAGAAGACCGACGAACACGGAAGCUCCGUAUUUGUCUGCCUUUCGCAGAAGGCUUACAAGAAUGGAGCCAAGGUGACCUUUUCUCCGAAGGAGGGUGCGAUUGUGGAGAGGAUCAACCCAAGUGGAAUCAAGGGCAUUAGCACUGCCAUCAGCGUGGAUGCCAGUUUCCUGAUCCGGAUCACUGUCGAACGAAGCUCGGACGUGGACAUCAGUUUCGCCGUUACCCAAGCCAGCUCAGGGGGGGUUGGAUGGACCCUCAACGGCUGUCAGAUGACUUUUGGUGAGACGAGAAUUGCCCAACGAUCUCCUGCAGCAUCGCAUCUCCAGCCCGCAGAGCGCAGAGCGACUGCGCCUGCCAUUCCGGCAAGUAUGGGUGCAUCAGUGGCGCGCUCUGCAGAAAUCGUCGACCAACCCAUGCAAAUCACACCGCCGGAGUCCCCGAAGGCGCAAUUAUCUGCGCCGAAGAUCACAUACGUUCCGCAUCGGCACACUCAAUCGGGCGUGAAUGCCCUGAAGCACCUCAAAACGCUACUUGGUGACGAGGCCGCCUGGAAGUUCCACUCAGAGCAGCAAGGCAUCAAAAUCUCUACCAUUGAUGCUGGUGGCACUAUGCCUGUUGUCCGCGGUGACGCCACUUUCCCUGCUGACAUUACCGUCGACCAAAUUCUCAAUACAAUUCGUUCCAGCGGAGCCAGAAAGAUUUGGGACGCUCGCUUCGAGGGGGGUCGUAUGGUGGAAUGGUUGAAUCCCAACGAAGCUCUGUAUCACACGAUGCAAAAAGGCCAGUUCCCCGUGAGCGGCCGUGACCUUUCCGCUCUCAACGUCACCGUGUGCGACUCCCGAUCGUCCACCACAUACGUCGUUGCCACAAGCGUCGUUGACCCCCUCGUGAAACCCGAACCCAAACGUGUCAGGGCGGAACUCAAGGUAGCUGGCUUCAUCUGUAACGCCAUACCACAGGGCGGCGCCCAGCUAAGCUACAUCGUCGAUAUCGACGUCAAGGGAUCUAUCCCAUCCGCCAUCGUGAAAGCGGUAUCGAUUCAAACUCCUCUUUCUCUUCACGAGAUCAUGAAGUACAUUCAGACCUACGGAUCACCUCCCUCAGUCAAGGUCCUUGGAAAUACCGGGGAAGGCGUCAAGAUUACCCUCGAGAGCGAAGAGUUUGAACCGAAAACUGGUGCUUAUACUUUCGCUUACGCGGCAGCCGUGGACGGAGAUGCGGCGCAGUCUCCAACUAUGGCCGCUGGUCUCGUCGAAAUCCAGGUUGACCCCAAGACCUACCCGAACGGGUGUGAUGUGUCGAUCUCCCAGUCCGUUGCCUCCAAGUUCCUGCGGAUUCGGAGCGCCGACCGCUGCAUCCGGUUUUAUUGUGAAGUCGACAAUGUACGUCUGGCUGGGAACAUCAAGAUUGAUGUUCAGCUGUCGAAGAAGAAGAGCGGGACUCCCGGGCAGCACACACUCAAUGGCAUACCGAUCACUGCAGACAGCACUGCUCCCGCGACCGGCGGAAGUGCCGCGCCCGCAAAGCGUGCUCAAACCAUCACCUCUGCCACCACUGCUGGCGUACCCAUGCUGGUAGCCCCUCCGCGCACUGUUCGCAAAGCACCAGUGCAAACCGCCACGCCUCCCAACGAACGUGCAGAUGAGAAGGCUGCGAAACAUGCGACCACCGAAAGUGCGACCCUUUCUCCCAAUAUCACCACAAACCUGCCCCCUAGCGUCAUGCGCUCGUCACCUCCAGUUGGCACGAAUACUCAACCCUCCGGAGCGACUACCUAUGUUCUAGCGUUCAUAUCUAUGGUCCUUCGUUUGCUGCGACCCUUCUUGGCACCAGGUGCCGCCCCACUUGCAAGCGAUGUCGAUCCCUUGGACCUGCGCGCGCAAGUGGCUGGAGCGGAUCCUCUUCGCUUGUUGGGACUCGUCGUCGUGAACAUUGGAAUCACGUUCUUUUCGAUCAGAUGGGCCGUCAAUGGACUCCUGCGAAUUUGCUCACCCACUCAAUGGGGCGUUCUGGUAACGCUCUCAGUGGCGGCGUACGCGUAUACGAAGCGCGCAUAGUGCAAGGGUUUCUUCAGUUUUCAACAUUCAGUUUCAGUAGGACACUUCCGUUUCAUUUGACUAAUUCCGCUGACCGGCGUACUUGUUUAGACCUAGUAAAUUCCCCCUAGUAUUAGAAUUAUUGUAGAGCUUUCCAUCGUAUAAUCCUCAAUAUCAUGCACAGUAUUCAUGUUUCGAUCUGCUUUGCGGCGAUUCUGCGUGCUCGAAGGUCAAACGGUCUCGA